AUGACAGAACCACAUAAUCGCAGUCCGGAGCAAAUCCUCCCUUAUCUGGUGAAGCGGCUGAUCGCAGUCGGGCUCCGGCCUCAGAUGAUCACUAUCAUCAAAGGCAAACUGGCCCUGAACAUCAAGCGCGAGUUCUUGGCCCUCUCUCCAGUUGCUCGCGACCAAGCAUACAAGGCUGUCCAGUCCGACUACAAGGGACCGACCUUGAAACUCGUGGAGAAGCUCGUCAAGCACCUCCGGGAUGCUCUCGAACUGGAAGCAAAAUCAGACGAAGCCCGUCGGGGUUGGCGAGGCCCACCAGGGGGACCUCGAGGGACCUGGACGAAGUAUCCGCGAGACCUUCAACCCCCCGACGGGCCACAAGACGGGCCCGAGACCGCAAAGGAAUUCCUGGCAUACUAUGAGGACUUUCUAAGCAAGAAUCUCGGACAGUUCAGGUUCAGCGACGAGUUGAAACAAGCACUCGCUGAAAGAGCCGAGAAGGUGAAAAAAGAGCUUGAGAUGAACUAUGGAUUGACCGCGAAGGAGGUGGCGAACCUGACCAAGGUCUCCUUCUACGAUAUCUUCUUCCUAUGCGACAACAGCGGAUCCAUGCGGAUUGGCGACCGGAUCGACGCCUUGAACGAGACCCUCCAAAGCAUCACCUUCUGGGCGACGAUGAUCGAGCCGUCUGGCGUAUCCCUGCGGUUUUUAAAUCACAGCGACGACGACAACGGGAAGUUUGACAACCUCACGGACCAUGAAAAGCUUGCCGACCAGAUUACAGGGGUACGUUUCCUCGGCGAGACCAAACUUGGAACAAUGCUUCGGAAGAAAAUAAUUCGCCCUCUUCAAGACCGAGCGAGAACUGCUGGUCAAGGAAUUAAACCGCGGAUCAUAAUCAUCAUCACAGAUGGAGCUCCAACAAAGGAGAAAGAAAACGAGAUGGCAGAGGUCAUAUACAAGGCAAAGACUGAUGCCGAUGGCCUGGCAGGCAAAUUUGGGCCUGCUGUGACUAUAUUCUUGGUUGCAAUGGUCGGCAAAGAUGAGAAAGCAGUGGGUUUUCUAAAGAAACUUGUCAAGAAUCCAAAGCUCUCGUCCAUGGUCUAUACUUUUACCGAGCCUUUGGAUGAAGUUCUAGAAGCUCUAGUCAAGCAAGCUGGCAACACGGCAUACAAGACGCUGUGGAUGAGGCUUUUCAACGCAGCCCUCACCAGCCAAACCAAGUAG